AUGAACUGGGCCAAGCAGCAGGGAUUUGCAUGGAAUGAAGCUACUUGUUUUUUUGCCGCUAGAAAUGGCCAUUUGGAUUGUCUCAAGUAUGCUCAUCAGAAUGGCUGUCCAUGGGAUAGAACCACAUGCAAGGCUGCUGCUGAAGGCGGCCUUGUGGAGUGCCUCAAAUAUGCUCAUGAGAAUGGCUGUCCAUGGGACGCAAGUGCAUGUUUUACUGCUGCACGUGAGGGUCAUUUGGAAUGCCUCAAUUAUUUGCAUGAGAAUCGAUGUCCAUGGGAUGAAACAACUUGCUUUAUGGCUGCUUUGAGCGGCCAUUUGGGAUGCCUCAAGUAUGCACAUGUGAAUGGCUGUCCCUGGGAUGAAGACACAUGUGCUAUGGCUGCAUGCGAGGGGAAUUUAGAAUGCCUCAUGUUUGCUCAUGAGAAUGGCUGUCCCUGGAAUUCAGGCACAUGUGCAGGUGCAGCAGAAGAUGGACAUUUGGAAUGCCUCAAAUAUGCACAUGAGAAUGGCUGUCCAUGGGAUGAAAUAACAUGUAGUGCUGCUGUGGGAGGUGGCCAUGUGGAGUGCCUCAAAUAUGCCCACGAGAAUGGCUGUCCAUGGGAUAACAACACAUGCACCUUAUCUGCCUCAAAUGGUCAAUUGGAAUGCCUCAAAUAUGCCCAUGAGAAUGUAUGCCCAUGGGAUAACGACACCUGCACCAUUGCUGCUCAGAAUGGAAAGUUGGAAUGCCUCAAAUAUGCCCAUGAGAAUGGCUGUCCAUGGGAUAAAGACACAUGUGGUACUGCUGCUCAAAAUGGUCACUUGGAAGUUCUCCAUUGGGCUGUGAAAGAGGGCUGCCCAUGGGAUACCACAGCUAUUGCCUUUGCAGAGUUACAUGGGCAUGCUGCAAUUACAAAAUGGGCUCGGGCACAGCCCUGCCCACCUUCUGAUUUGCACAAGUGGAUCAAGGCAUAUGUUGCAUGCUACAACAUAAGUACUACAUCCGUGAGGCAUGCAGUGGAAGUUGCAACAAGGAAGUUUGGAAAGGACAUGAUGCCCGCCACAGAAAUCAUGGAGUGUUUCCUCUUCUGGGAAGUCUGA